GUUAAUUAAAUCUGAUGAUUUCAUUAGAAUAGGUCCGUUAAUAAUCAAAAAUAGAUAAAAUGUAAGUAGCAGGAUUGAUCUAUGGAUCAUAAGAAAGAGCAAAGUAAAAACAUAUAUAUAUAUAUUAAAUAGAGAAAUACAGUAAUUUUUCUUAGAUUGUGAAAAGGUACCAGAAGUUCAAACAAAUGCUGAUUUUUAUAAUUGGAGUAGAAAGAAAUAAUUCUUAUCUAAAGAUAAAUAAGGUUUUAGUUUCAUGAAAAUGAUAAAUAAUAAAGUAAGAAGAUUAGAUUAAAAAAUAAUCUAGGUUGAUGAUAUGGAAUAAUAUACAGGACCUAUGAUAUAUAGUGCAACAACAAAUCAUUAUGGUGUAUAUUUGGGAAUGGUUGUACCAGCAGUAAAAAUUUUAGGGACUGAUGAACAAAUAAAGGCGUAUAAGUUAAAUAUGAAAAUUAGAUGGUUAGAUGAUUUAAUAAAUAUUCGUAAAGCAGCUUGUUAUGCAUAAACAGAAUUAGGUCAUGGAUCAGAUAUUUAGAGUUUAUAAACAACUGCUACUUAUGAUAAGUAAAGAGAAGAAUUUAUUAUAAAUACUCCAACUAUAUAAGCAGCAAAAUGUAUAGUAUAUUAAUUAGAAUUUUUAGUUUGGCCAGGAGAUUUAGGUAUUUUAGCAAAUUGGGCUUUAGUUUUUGCUUAAUUAAUAGUGGAUGAUAAAAAUUAUGGUGUAUAAUCUUUUAUGGUUUAAAUAAGAGAUGUUGAAACACAUAAACCAUUGAAUGGAAUUGAAGUUGGAGAUAUUGGACCAAAAAUAGGAUAUUAAGUUAAAGAUAAUGGAUUCUUAAAAUUUAAUAAUGUUAGAAUACCUAAAUUUAAUAUGUUAGCUAAAUAUAUAUCUAUAACUCCAUAAGGAAAUGUAAUUAAAUAAGGAGAUCCAAAAAUAUCAUAUGCAUCAAUGAUGAUGAUGAGAAAAUUAUUAAAUACUGUUUAUCCAAAAGCUGCUGCUAUUUCAUUAACUAUUGCUUUAAGAUAUUCAUAUACAAGAUAAUAAUUUACAAAUGAUUCAAAAAUUGAAAAUUCUAUUAUUGAAUAUUAAACAUAAUAACAUAAAUUAUUACCUUUAUUAGCUAAUUUAUUUGCUGUAGUUCUUUCAGGGAAUAUGACAUCUAAAUUUGUUGAUUUUAAUUUUAAUGAAGUUUAAAAUGGAAAUUUUUAACAUAUGAAUGCAUGUCAUUCAUUACUUUGUGGAACAAAAGCUAAUUAUACUCAUUUUGUUGUAAAUUGUGCUGAAUGGUGUAGAUUAUCAUGUGGAGGACAUGGUUAUGCACAUUAUUCAGGAUUACCUAGUAUAUAUUAAGAACAUUGUCCUAAUGUAACAUUAGAAGGAGAAAAUUAAAUUAUGUUUUUAUAAUUAGCUAGAUAUUUAUUAAAAUUAUUGAAAACUUCAUAAAAGAAUCCAUAAAAAAUACCAGAAUAAUUUUCAUUAUUUAAAAAAGUAUCAUUUAUUCAUUUAUAUUUUUUAGAUUGAUCAAAUAUUAUAAUUUAAAUGUGAUCAAUUCUAAUUUUCAAAUAUAUUGUCAUUAUUAGAAUCAUCUGUUAUUCAUUUAAUUACGUAAACUGGUAUGAAAAUGAUGUAAGAAAUUUAAGGAGGUUUGAAUCCUAAAUCUGCAUGGGAUUAUAAAUUAGGUUAUAUUUAUAAAUAUUAUAAAUAGGUACAUCACUUUGGGAAUCAGCCAAUUAUUUUAUAGAGUACUAUAAAUUUGUUUGUUUUUAAAAAACUAUUUUAUAAGUCACUCAUUUAUAAACUUAAGUUGUAUUAACAAAUUUAUUAAAUCUAUUUGGUAUUACAAUACUUUUACAAAAUCCAUUAACACUCUUAGAAAAUGAUGUUGUUACUUAACAAACUAUUAAACAAAUGAAAGACUAAUAUGAAAAUUUAUUAACUUUAAUCAAACCUGAAGUAAAACAUAUAUAUAUAUUAUUUUAGGCACUUGUAUUAAUAGAGUCUUUUUGUUUAGCUGAUGGAGGUCUUAGAACCACUAUUGGAAGAGCUGAUGGAAAACCAUAUGAAUAUACUUAUGAUUGGGCUCUUAAUGAAAAUUCUAUUAAUUAAAUGGAGUUAACUAGUGUUGUAAACCAAUUAAAGAAUUGCAGACCAAAAUUAUGAUUUAACAUAACAAAAUAAAUAAAUUAAAAAAAUC